CAGCGGUAAUUACGAACGCGAUUGUGUUCGCUCGGUAGUAUUUACUCAACUGUUUCGGGUAAAAGAUAAAGAAAACAGGCGAAACACUUCGCUACACGACGCUCGUAUCUUAUCUCAUCCACUCUAUUGAUCACCCAGCAUAUAUCGCGAACCGUUCGCCUUUUACGGACGAUCGAGCUACCUUUAUUGUCCAAUUUAACUUGUAAACGUGUACUCUUUUAUAUACUCGCGAUGUUACCGGUGAAGUCAUAAUGUGUGUACAAAAAUAGAAAUAACAGAAGUUUACAGGAAAAUAGUAUCAAUAACAAAAGUGUUGCGGUUUCUAAUCGAACGGAAAUGGGCACUAAAUCGCCUACGACCAGUGUGAAGUCUCGGGAAAUGAUCGGAGUGGACGCGUUCAGUCAGCGGCGCGAGGUGUUCGAUAAGCACGCCACGGUGUUCAUGCCGUCGUCGCCCACCGGCAUGGUGCCCACGUAUAGGGAUGCGGAUCCUAUAGUCACUUCCAAUCACGGUAAGACCACAUCCAAUUUCAAAAGGAACACAACCGGAUCGUCGAGUUUCCGCGACACGAGAAUGGACGAACGAAAUUACGAUUUUCGACCUCGGAAAUAUUCCGACAAUUUUACCUCGGAGCUGAACCAGAGCGACGAUAUUGACUACAGAUAUAGCGCCAUAGAGCGGACGAGGCGCCUGUCGAGGAUGCGACGAGAAUUCCUGACGUCAAAUCUGCAUGAGCCGACGGAGGACAAACCGUUUACACGCUCCGGCACACGAGCUUCCCUCCCCACUGGUAGGACCACUAUGCUCAAAUACAAGUUCGAGAGUCCCAAUUUAUUUAAAUUUCCAUUCGCUGAACCAUAUGCAACACCCCCGCCGGUAAGAAGAGUGACUAUUGAUGCUUCGAACGAAAUUGACGGCAAAGAAAACGAAGAUCCUGAAUUAAGACCGAAACAUCAGAGUAUACCUAGCAAUUCGCCGACAAAGGUAGACCAUCAGAAGCUUUUCGAAGAGUUGGUUAAGAGAUAUUCACCCCAAAGGAAACCAAUCGACUGGACACUACCUCCAACCAAGCCUCGAGUCGUUGCGUCCGUGCCAAAAUCUACUUCCAGCGCCGCAGACUCCAUCGACGCGGUGGAAAAAGAUGCAGUUCAAAAGGUAGACGAAAAUAAUAAAUCUGGUGAUGACGACGUAUUUGAAAAUAAAGAAAACUGUAUUGCUAAUGGAGUUACCGACGAAAAAAAAGAGGUGUCCGAACCAAAACGUGAGACCGUUCAAAACGGACCAGAAAAUUUGGCUGCCCAAGCUGAUGUGAAAGAUGCCGAAAAAGACGAUCGAUCAAGUGAAGAAUCAAAAAUAUCACUAUCAGAAUUAGAGGAUAAAAAUGAUCGCGUGACAGAACUUUCAAUAAUACAGAGACAGAUCAGCAGAGAGUCUGCUCAUAAAAAACCAAUUACAAUAGAACAAACCGAUAUAAGUAUUCCAGCUCUUAUUGAUAAAAUAACGGAGGAGGGCGACAAACUAGAAACCAAUACCAAAGGGGCUAAGAAAGUGAAGAGGAAACGUAGUUUCUUGGACAAACUUCUUGGUAGGAAAAAAGAUAAGUAGAUUUGAUAUAGAAGGUAUCAUGAAGAAACCAAUGGCCAAGUUACUGCAUUGCUGCAAAGCCUGCCAAAGAUUAUUUAUCAUGAUGAUUGUGAGACAUGACGUCAACCUUUUUUUAUCUUUUGAUACUAUACAUAAGUAGAACACUUCAAUAUAAAAGUCUAAUUGUUAAAAAGUAUUUUAAAUGUUUUGUAUUAUUUGUGCCUAUAAAAAUAAUUAAGAUUAAGCAUUCUAUAUAUUUUUUUAUCUCAAUGCAGUGGAGGGUUAUCAGUAAAACUGAUAAACGUAAGUGCCAUGUGACACUCCCUAUCUGCCAAAUUCUCAAUGUACUUUGAUUACUUUGAGGCGAACCUGUAAUAAAAAUAUAUACAUAUAAAUAAAAAACUAAUAUGGAAUAAAUACAGAGCUAAAUUGCUAAAUUAUUAAAAUAAAGCUCUGCCAAGUUGUUUGACGACAGUUAGUCUAUAUUACAAUAAAAUACUGAGUGUAUUGUACAAAAUAAUAAUUAUUAAUAUAAUAAUUAUUAAUUAUUAUUAAGACGUGUCGUGUAAGAGCACAAUUUUCCUCGACUAGUAAUAGUUAAUGUUGGCUUCCAACUUGUACUCUAUUAUAUUUAUUAUUUUUAUUCCAUACUAUUAUUUUUUAUUACGAAACAAUCGCAGGUUAUGUCA